AGUCUUCUUUUUCGUGCCGACGGGUGCAUACUGCAGUAAUUUUUUAAUUUCUGGUUUUGCGUAGCGGUUUGAGGUAAAAUGCCUAAACAUCACAAACGCGAUCGUAGCCGCGGUCGAUCUAAAUCUCGUUCGCAUAAAAAGAGUCGCUAUCGGAGCCCUAGUGAAGGGAAAUUAAUACUACAAAAGCAAUUAGCCUUACUUCAGAAAAGAUUAGAAUCGCUCGAGAACAAGGAACAUCAUAGCGUGGAAGGACAGCGUUGCCACGAUUGUAAUCGGCUACCGUCGCCAGUCGCGGGGCCCUCUGGUUUGAGCCAGCCCAGGCCUAGUAGGUCUCCGUCAGAAGUUUAUGAAGAGGAGGAGUCUGUCAUUUCAGAUGGUGAAUCAGAAAAUGCUUUGAUUCCUGAGGAUGAGGAAAACACACCCCCCACGUUAGUGGGGACCCAGGUUCCAGUCAGUGAAGAUAUUUUAGCACUGUUGGGAGAAGUGACUAACUCGAAUAGUGUUUUUGGGCCACCAGUGCAUACCGAUCUCAAAUCUCGAUGGGAGAACAUUAUAGAAAAUGGACUAUCUGCUGACACUAAAAAAUCUCUGAUAGAAAAAUACCCCCCUCCAGAGAAUUUUCAAGUGCUCUCUCCCCCUAUCUUAAACCAGGAAAUUGUGAAUGCUAUUAAUAGCUCUGUUCAAAAGAGGGAUGAAAGGUUGACAUUGCUCCAAAAGCAGAUGGACGCAGUUUUAGCAGCAAUUGGAACAGCUAUAACCAACCUGCUACAGGAAGAGGGGGGAGGGAAAAUACAAUACCUCGAGUUGCUGAGUGAUGCUGGUAGGCUUAUGGCUGAUUUGCAUUACUCCGAGACAAAGGCUCGCCGAGAAUUAAUUCAGCUAAAUCUUGACUCACAAAUCAAAGAAACGUUGAGUGCUGCCCCAGCUACAACCCACUUAUUUGGGGACAAGCUUGAUGAUAGGGUGACUGCUGCUAAAAAUUUGAAAAAAUUUAGCCAGGUUUUGAAGCCAUCAAAUAAGACGACCAUAACAACUAAGAAAACAACUAGUAUCCGGAAUUUAAACUACAAGAGUCUGCCCAGGCAGGGACAGGGCUAUCGCCAGGGCAGACAACAAACUUAUCGUCAGCAACAGGCCCAUUACAAUCAAAAAUCACGCCGAUCACAACACCAGGGAAAAACGCAGUGGAAACCAAGAAACUCCAAGGGAGAGAAAGGAAAACAGCGGAGGAGCAAAUCUCCCCGAUAGAGCCAAAUAUGGAGGCUUAUGUUCCAGUGCAG